GUAUUGUAUUAUAUACAUGAAAUUAUACAAUUUUAACAUUUUGAAAUUACAUUAUUGUUUUGUUGCUGAGUGUAUAGUUUAUUAAUUAAUUACAUAAGAAAAUGUAACUUUUGCCUUCACUUUUAAUAUAAAACAAAAUUAUAGGAAUAUAAAUAGAAAGAUAAAUGAGAUCUAAAUCUAAAACCAACAAUCAUGCCAAUUUCAAAGUUUUGAUGAAAUUGUACAAUCUUUUUUUCUUCUUAUGUUAUUGUUGAUUUUAGAUGUGUCAUAAACCAGCUGGUUUCAAUAACUUGAGUGGCAAUCACAGAUCCAGUCCACCAAUCCAACUCAACCACUUAAAUAUCCAAAUAAUUCAAUCCAUUUGGAUUGGUUGAUUCAUGGAUCGUUGGCAAAUUAUAAUUUAGUACCUAUACUUUACAUAUUUUAUAUUUUGUUACCUAAAAUUUAUUUUUAGAUAAAAAAUGUAAUUGAAAAUUUACAUUUUGAUGCCUAAAAUUUUUCAUUAUGACAAUUUAGUACCCAAAUUUUUCAAAAUUUAUAUAAUGGUCCAUUGCUUGGAUGUCAAUGGAUCCAUGGAUCAGCCAAUCCAUAUUAUCCAUAGAUUUACCAAUCCAUGAAUCCAAUUCAUUUGCCACCUCUAAUUAUGGAUCUUAUACUACUCCCUUGCACGAAUCAUCAAACGAAAGCUACCUCAACAAAUUUGAACAUGUCCAAUAUACCUUGUGUUUAAAUCAACCGGUAAUUAGAGGUGACAAAUGGAUCGGUGGAUCCAUGGAUCAAAUGGAUUGGUGAAUUCAUAGAUUGGAUUGAUGGAUUAUCCAUGACUCCAGAUGACAUCCUCAACCUAGGACCAAUAUGUAAAAUGUGAAAAUUUUAGGUACAAAAAUGUCAUUGAAAAAUUUUAGGUGCCAAAAAGUAAUUUUCUUGAUGUUAUUUUUCAUAAGAAAAAGUAAAUUCUAGGUAAAAAAAUGUAAAAAAAAUUAUAAGUACUAAACUGUAAUUUGAAAACGAUCCAUGAAUCCACUAAUCCAAGUAGAUUUGGAUCAAAUGAAUUGAAUUUAAAUGAAUUGGAUUAAUUGGAUAUUUUUAAAAAAUUUGUGAAUUGGAUUGAGAAUUGUCACCUCUACCAGUAAUAUUAAAGUUUGUGGAGAUUCGAACAUACACUUACUAGUCCAAACCAACUCUGAACCAUAAACCAAUUAAUUUAGGAAACUUAAUUUAAUUUUCUAGGAUUUUAGUGGGUUAGUGCCAACUGCCAAGCCAUCGUCGCCUGCCAGGCCCAUGACAAUGAGAUUUUUUCGGGCCCAUUAGUAUGGGCUCGUUUCUCCUUUUAUAUCCUUCCACGGCCGAGAAGAAAGAAAAUUGAAAAAAGAAGUGAAAACUCUUCCAUUCCAUCUAAUCCACGUGAAUACAGAGACGACCGUUAGAAAUUCAAAUCUCGGCUCCUCUCCACGCCUAAACCGUCGGAAUCACUCCUCGCUCCUAACUCUCACGCACAAACCCAGUCCAAACUCCAAACCUCAACAAGACUCGAGCUUUUCAGAAAUCCCAACAAACCCAAAGAAGAAAAGCGUAAACAAAUUAGAAAACCCAAAUUCCACCAUGAAACCAGCGGAAUCGUCGUCGUCCGUGAGAUCGAACUCCACGACCACCAUGGUAGCCGCCGGGACGGAAGAGGCCAGACCGGCAGAUGGCAGCUGCUACUACCCAGGCUGCAAGAAGGACGCCAAUUGCGAGUGCGAGAUCUGCUUAGCAAGCAUCAACGCAACUCUCGAUCUCAUGCCUUACAGCACCCAGAAGAAAUCAUCCCGAGACAAGAUAUCCUCUUCUCGCCCCAAUUUGGGACGCAGGACUCCACUGUCCUUCGAUCCUUCUGUUGUCUCCACCCCAAGAUCCAGUUACCGGGCUGUAAUCACCUCUCCGGCCCUCAAAUCGACUGCAAGAGCUUCAAUUUCGAAUCGUCAGAAGAUAGAGGAAGACAAGGAGAAAGGUCAGAAGAAAGAUUGUGGUUCAUCUUCACUUUCACCUUCAGCAGCAGCAGGGGUUCUCUUGAAAUUGGGUUUCGUCUUGAUCUUGAUUUUGGCAUCGGAGACAGUGUUCUCUAUGUGGGUCCGUAGUGCUAUGAAGCCCGUCUUUACAGCGGAUUCAGUAAGGGCAGCUGGUGAGAGAUCUAGGGUUGUGAAAGGGGAUUUAAGUGGAAGAUUGAUGUAUGUGCAAAACCAAUUGCGGAAUUUCGCUCCUGGAGUUAGGGUUUCCAACUGCAGUUUCAGAGAUUCAGCGUGGAAAAUCAAUCAUGAAAAUGGUCUGCUCUUGAGCUCCCAAUGUAUGUUAUUCAAAUCAGGAACGGAGGAAGUAAAGAUUUGGGGAUGGCCUUUCCAAACUGCGGGAUUGAUCAAGACUGGAUUUUCUUCGCGCUCGUUCACCGUUCUAUCAGGCAGAGUCACGGAGUGGGCUGAUGGAAAGAUUGGGUAUGUGAUACGAAGAGGGAACACUUCGUGGGUUCAGAAGGAAUGGAGCGGUUCAGCAGUUCAAUUAGAUCCGAACACUUGGGUUUUGGAGUACGGCCGAAGCUGGAUUGCUGCUGAUGACAAACCCAGAGGAGUACUGUCUUCACUUGUUGCAGAGCUCGUCAAGAUCAGGGUCUCGAGCUUACUGAGAACAAUGAACAGAGUACUAUGUUCCGUCUCCAUUUUCGAGGAGACUUACUCCUCUGUGUUCAAUGGAAAUGGUCAAAUGAAGAAGAGCUUCCCUACCUGAGGGAGAAGUGAACCUAACCCUCUUGGGCUGGUACAGGUUUAAUGCGUUUGCUUAAGCUUCCUCCUGGGGAUCUUUUGUUGCUCUUGAAUCUUGCCUCUGUUGAUUCUGAGAAGAGAUUCACUUUCUUUUUGUUAACUAGGUUGGAUAGUUUCCAUCUUCAUUAGUGGCUUUUGGCUUUCAAAGCAUUAAACCUCCUCUUUGUGCUAUUAAGUAUGAAAUGAUGUUUCUAGAGUGUACAUUGAGUAUAGCCACAAGCCAGUCAAGAACUUGAAUGUUAGUAGUUCAGUCCACCGACUUGCUUAGUUGAUUACAUGUUUGAUUCCAUUGAUAAUCAAGGCUGUUACUGUUUACACUCUUCAGCAGGAAGUAAAUCAGGUUAAUAGCAGCACACAACCUACUUGAUUUUGCUUGACUGGACUUGCCUAUGAAAACUGAACAACCAUCUGAAGUACUCGACAUAUACAUAUUAGCAUCACUAAACUAGGUAUAGAGAUGGAUCUUCGGAGUUCGGUCUCUCGCAUUGGUAUUGGAAACGAAGCUUAUAGGAGCGUAAACUUUUGCAAGAUACACAAGAUAUUCCCUCGAAAGCAAUAUCAAAUAGGCAAGGAGGAAGGAAGGAGGCUUCACUGAUGACGCUAUUUACUUCCACAAUCAGUUGUGAGUUGUGACCUCCUUCCUUACAGCUACAGAGAUGGUAUGUAGUGGCGGAGCUAGGUCGAAAUCAAGAGAGGUUAUAGUCUAUCAACUUUGUAAUACAGAUAAAAUUACAUACAAAAUUCGUAACAAAUUUGAAAAAAUAGAGCAGUUAGUAAAGUCUUAGUCCCCUCCUCAACUACCAUGAUUGAAAUCAAUGCUGGAUUAGAUUUCUGAUUCUGCUACUGCUGAAGAUGAGAGAACGCCACUUCACAAAGGCUCUCUGAGAGGGAUUGUGAAUAGAGAUGGCAAUGGGUCGGGUUGGGGCGGGUUUUGUCAAACCAAACUCAAAUCUAUGGGUCUAUCCGCCAAAAAAACCCGGGGUAAAACCCGCUGGGUUUGAAAAACUCAAACCCAACCCAACUCGCUGGGUAUCCGCGGGUUCGUGGAUACCCGUGGGUUUUUGUGGUAAAAAAUUUACAAUAACAAGUUUCUUUCAAAAUAAAAGUUUAACAUUAAUUUUCUUAUACAAAUGAUUCAUACAAAAAACACCAAUCUAGAGCAUACAAGCAAACCGCAAAUGAUCAAUACAAAUUGUUCAAAAUU